AUGGCGAAGUUCUUCGAAAGUGCCGGCGGAGUUGGCUCCUGUUUCCUGAAGCAACUAUCAUACUUAAACAAGACACGACCGUCCCCCCGUCUUCGCCUAUGCUACAUCGCAAUCAUCGACAAGGCCCUCCACGACCCCGAUUACUCAGAGAUCAACAUUGACACAGCCCUCGACACACUCGAAGCCCAGGGUCAGGCACCACCCACGAUCCCCUGGAUCGUUGACUAUCUCUCCGGCGCCCCAUCCAAGGUGAUUCUCAUCGACAACACCAGCGCCAACAGUCUCGCAGAAGCCUAUCCACAAUUUUUACGUCGCGGAAUCAGCAUCAUCACUCCUAAUAAGAAGGCCUUUUCAGGGAGUUACCAAUUAUGGGAAGAUAUUUUCAGCUCUGCGGCCGCCGGACACUCGUACGUUUUCCACGAAUCCUCUGUUGGUGCUGGCUUGCCGAUUAUUUCGACUCUGAAGGACAUUAUCAUUACUGGCGAUGAGAUUACUAGAAUUCAAGGUGUCUUUAGCGGCACGAUGUCCUUCCUCUUCAACUCACUCGCACCAACAGAGGGCCAAGGCGAGAAAUGGUCUGUCGCCGUCCGAAAAGCCAAACAGCUGGGCUAUACAGAGCCCGACCCGCGUGACGAUCUGAACGGCCUCGACGUCGCUCGCAAGCUCACUAUUCUCGGUCGACUGGCGGGUCUACCUAUUGAAUCACCGACCUGCUUCGCUGUUCAGAGCUUAAUCCCUCAGGAGUUGCAAGGCGUGUCAAGUGGAGGUGAAUUCCUUGACCGUCUCCCGGAAUUCGACCAGCAGAUGGAAGAGCACAAGGCGGCGGCCGAAAAGGAGGGCAAGUUUGUGCGGUUUGUUGGAAGCAUCGAUAUGGCCUCUCGGGAGGUUAAAGUGGGAAUAGAGUCGUUUGAGAAAACGCAUCCUAUCGCUGCACUACAGGGAAGCGAUAAUAUUAUUAGCUUUUAUACGAAGCGAUACGGCGAGCAUCCACUCAUUGUUCAGGGUGCGGGUGCUGGUGGGGAUGUGACUGCUAUGGGUGUGUCGAGUGAUCUUCUGAAGGUACUUUCUCAUAUUGCUUGGUAG